UAUAUGAUAUAUUAUAUGGAAACAGAAAUAAAUAAAAUUAUACUGUCUAAGUUUCUAGCUCUUGAAGGCAAUCUUCUUUCUUUUCUUUGUUUCCUGUUUGUUUUAGAGAAGAUUCAUGGCGGCAACCUCAGAUCGUAUCCCUGGUGUGCACGUGUGGAUUUGCGCACACAUAUUCAUAAUUUCAAGUUUACCUAUCCUCGAAUUUAGCUUUGGUUGGUCAAUAAUUUGUACUGCUUGUGUUUCUAAGACUCUACUUAGUCACUGAGCAUACUGAUCAUGGAUGCAGAAGAGCAACAAGCUGAUCCAGACAAAGUGAAGGAGCAGGUAGUUCCUCUUUCAACAAAAAAUAAGACGUUGGUUUCUCCUAAUUCCACUCAGGAUGCUGCCCUAAUGGGCCAUCCUGGUGCUGGUGCUGGUCAAUCUGGAUCAUUUGUUUCAGCUGGACAGCUUAAUGUCUAUUCACCUACAAUCUAUGCUCCUCAGCCUCAGGCUUUCUAUUACAGAGGUUAUGAAAACACUGCUGGUGAAUGGGAUGAAUAUCCGCCGUAUAUCAAUGCUGAAGGACUAGAACUUGGAUCCUUGGGCAUCUUCAAUGAGAAUCCAUCACUUGUCUUCCACCCUGGAUACAGCUACAAUCCGCAAAUGCCGUAUGGGCCAUAUUCCCCUGUCACAACUCCUUUGCCUUCUGUAGGUGGUGAUGCACAGUUGUACUCCCCGCAGCAGUUUCCAUUCUCUGGACCACCAUAUUAUCAGCAGUUUAUUCCUCCGAGUAUGCCUUAUAUUACUUCACCUUCUCCAGUUUCACGUCCAGAACUAACCACAUUAGUUAAUGUUGACCAACAAGGUGAUAACAUGCUCUUUGGACCAAGGCCUAGUUAUCCCAGUCCAUUGGGAUCUUUUGGUAGAGGCAGUUUACCUGGAAAUCCUGGUACCCUAGGAUUUAAUGAUUUACAGCAAGGUUUUGAUGGAUUCAGGUCUGGAGGACUUUGGUCAGAUUGGUCGAAGCCUUCUGAUAGACAGAGAUCUUUCACUCCCAUAUCGCCAGCAUUAUCUCCCCAUCCCCAUCCUAUUGGGCCAAUUGGGCAGAAUGUUCCAAUGGUACCUCAGCAACAAAGGUCAUUUUAUCCAUUAGGAUCUGGAAUGAACUCCUAUAACAGAGGCUACGUGCAAAGUGGUCUCAAUCAAGGUGCUGGGUUUAUAAAUGCAUCAGUUCCUAGUUUCGGAGCGAACAAUUGGGGCUGGCUACCUUUUGAUAGUAAAAGACAACGUGGAAGAGACAGUGACAUCUCUUUGUGUGGUUGUAAUGGUGCUCUUGAUAUCCUUAGUGAGAAAAACCGAGGGCCAAGGGCCUUAAAACCUAAGAAUCAAAUCACAGCUAAAAAUAAUUCUUCCGUUGAUGAUAAUAAAAACAAACCUUCAGCGAAGAUCAAUGAUAAUUCAUUUAACUGGUCAGAUUUCACUACAGAUUACAAGGAUGCUAAGUUUUUCAUAAUCAAGUCAUACAGUGAAGAUAAUGUUCACAAGAGUAUCAAAUAUGGCGUCUGGGCUAGUACACCUAAUGGGAACAAAAGGUUAGACGCCGGUUAUGAUGAGGCCGUGGAGCACCAAGACAACUGCCCAGUGUUUCUCUUCUUUUCGGUGAAUGCUAGUGCUCAGUUCUGUGGGGUAGCAGAAAUGGUUGGACCUGUGGAUUUUGACAAAAGUGUGGAUUACUGGCAGCAGGAUAAAUGGAGUGGGCAGUUCCCUGUCAAAUGGCAUAUUAUCAAAGAUGUUCCUAACAGUCAGUUCCGUCACAUCAUACUGGAAAAUAAUGAUAAUAAACCUGUGACUAACAGUAGAGAUACUCAGGAGGUGAAACUGGAGCAAGGACUUGAAAUGUUGAGCAUCUUUAAACGUUAUGAAACUGAUAUGUCAAUCCUGGAUGAUUUCGAAUUCUAUGAGGACAGGCAGAAGGCCAUGCAAGAGGGUAAGGCUAGACAACAAGCUACCCUCGUGUCUGUAGGGGUUGUUGGAGAAAGCGAGCAUAGAAAUGCUGUUACAUUAUCCAAUGAUUUCAUAAAGCAGAUGUCUAAGAGCUUUGCUCAAGUUGUCUGCUUGGAUGAUGGUGAUAAAGAAGGCACUGGUAACGAAAGAACUAGUUCUGAGUCUGAUGGCUCUAAAGUUGCAAGGGUUAAACUUGAAGAUGUUAUCACAGCAACAGCCUCUUCAGCCCAGGCGAGUUAGGAAUAAGCAUUCUGGACGGCCUUUGUUUUGUGUAUGUGACACAAACAUCUUUUUCACCUUUUUUCUUUAAUUAUUAUUUUACUUUAUGCGAAGUUGGAUCUCUCGUUUGAUGUAAUUCUGAUUCCAAUGGAGCGUAUCCAUAAUUUGAACAAGUUCUCACAAGUUUUAUGGGGCUGAUUUGCAUCAUAUGUAAUAUUUGCCUUGUGAGUUUAACUGUAGUCAUUAGUUUUCUUUCUUUGCCUUC